UCGGAAAUUCCGCAUGUGCCGUUAUGUCAAGCGAAAAAUUUGUUUGAUAGAGGGCAGCAGCGGUAAAGAAACAUGAACGCUCUCGGGAAUACAAUACCAUGUUGAGGUUUCAUUCCGGUGGAUGUUUCAGGUUCUCCACGCAUUUGUGAGAUGCAAUUGCUGAUAUAUUCCGCGAAUCAUGAAGCAAACUUAUCGAGACAUCGACAAAGAUGGGAAAGGGCAAGUCAGUUUAUUGCCGGAAGAAUCCGAAGAUUUGUGGCAUGCAUACAACCUGAUAGCCAUUGGUGACUGCGUGACCGCCUCUACUAUAAGGAAAGUCCAACAAGAAUCAGCAACAGGCAGCUCAACCAGCAGCCGGGUUCGCACAACACUGACCAUACAAGUAGAGGCGAUAGACUUUGAUACUCAAGCAUGUGCCUUACGUUUGAAGGGCCGCAACACCGUCGAAAACCAGUACGUGAAGAUGGGGGCGUAUCACACGUUAGACUUGGAGCAGAACCGGAAGUUUACUUUGAUCAAGGUGCAUUGGGAUUUGGUUGCAAUUGAGCGAGUGGAUUACGCCUGUGACCCCACGCAACACGCGGAUUUAGCGGCUGUUGUCAUGCAAGACGGUUUAGCAUUUAUUUGUCUAGUAACUUCUGCUAUGACCCUUGUCCGCAAUAAGGUAGAAGUCCAGAUUCCAUGGAAGCGGAAAGGCAACGCACAGCAGCAUGAGAAGGGUCUACACAGAUUUUAUGAUACGGUGAUUCAGGGCAUUCUGCGCCACGUCAACUUUGAAGUAGUCAAGUGUGUCCUCAUAGCAAGUCCUGGUUUUGUUAAGGAUCAGUUCUACGAGUACAUGAUGCAGCAGGCCACCCAGCAAAUACUCAGGCAUUACAAUUGGAAAGUGCUGAUGGACCCAGCAGUGGUUACGAUGAAGUUGGCAGACACAAAAGCUGCAGGAGAGGUCAAGUCCCUGGAGGCAUUUUACGUGAUGUUGAAAACGGAGCCGUCGAGGGCAUUCUACGGUUUGAAGCAUGUGCAGAAGGCAAAUGAGGCGCAAGCAAUUGAGAUACUCAUGGUUUCAGACUCUUUGUUUCGGGCGCAAGAGGUAGGGAAAAGGAAAAUCUACGUUGACUUGGUUGACAGUGUGCGUGACAAUGGGGGAGACGUUAAGAUCUUUUCCAGUUUACACGUUUCCGGGGAACAGUUGGAUCAGUUGACGGGGGUUGCAGCAAUUUUACGUUUUCCAAUGCCCGAUUUGGAGGAGGAAUAAGAAAUCAGUGAUGAGGAUUGAUGUUUUCUCUUUUUCGAUUCCAAAAAUAUGUUCGGCAUGAAGGAGAGAAAUAUCUAUGAAGCUUUGAAUUUGAUGAGCUGGGGAAACUUUUUGAAUCUUGUGAGGUGGGGUUCAGUCAAACAAACCAAUUUGAAACAUGAAAUGAAAAUUUUUUUUCUCUGUUGCUGUCAUUCUCUUUUCUGAAGAAUUCAAG